AUGCAAGAAGCCAAUUCUGUUGCCAUUAAAAUUAGAGGCUUUACCUCCUAUGCGUGCCCCUCUAUCCCAAAACAUCAAAGUGGCCCUCGUUCUACCCUUUGCGUGAAACCAGGCUACGCGCUAGUGUACGUUCGUACCGACUGGCCGCAACAUCAAAUUGAUCUCGCCCAACACUGCAACGACAGUCAAGAAAUAGUCGCGGUUCGUGCCACGACCAUUAAGAACAAUAACGUGAUCUUCGUCUCGGCAUAUCUUCGUCCUGGGGCAAAUCGGACAAUCGAUCACGAUUGGAUCUCUUACAUUCAUCAAACCUACCCCCAAGAACAGAAGUUGUAUGGAGGCGAUUUCAACCUGCAUCAUCCAGCCUGGGGAUAUACACGACAAACAAAAGAGGCGGAGCAGCUAAUGGAAAGAAUGACGAUGUGUAAUCUCCAUCUCAUGAACGUGGCCGGGACUAAGACCCGCAUGGCAGCCUGCGUAGGCCAGGGGGACACUUCUCCCGAUCUUACGUGGACCUCCAACGUCUUCUACCAACAUCACGUCUGA